GGGGGGGAGCAGCCGCGUUUCCAUGGAAUUCACGAAAACGCUAGAAGCUAGCGCCGGAGAGUUUACCUCGCGAGGCGGCUGACUUCGCGACAUCACGAAAACGGCGUUACGGUUAAUUGCGCUACGGUUCUUGGGUUAUGUGUAACAGUGUAGCCAACGGGCGCGUGGGGUUUACCGGAGAGUCACGCUUUGCUGCCGUGUGGUCGGCGUCGUCUGUUCGUAAAAGUCGAGAAUUCGUGCAAAACCCCACGACUCUAGUUAGCCAGUCCAGGAAGUCAACUAGAAGAGGAGGCUUUCCCUAAAAGCGAAGAGGCAUUCUAGAAACGUGCCAACAUGAAGCAUUCGGAAAGAGCCAAGAAGUUCUCAUCUGAUAAGAAGGCACGCCUACGAUUACUGCCAAGAAACCGCUUCCCUUGAGGAUGACAACAUGCUACCUAAAAGGGAGACGAACAAGUGAAAAAGAGCUGCACAGUCGCUUCUUCUCUUGACCUGCAGACUUGACUGUUUCGAAACCUCCACAUCAGGUGGAUCUGCUCUCAGACUGAGCAGCGUGGAUAUACACUUAACUUAUAUACAGUUUGUGUCAGCAUCAAGCUGCUUUGUCUGUGUAAAGGUGGAAGAAACGGAGACUGCUGGAGGCAGUGGCUGAAGAACGGGCCUCGAAAAGAUGCUUCAACCGAGUAACUACUCACUGGUGCUGUUGAUCCAGCUGACACUGCUGGCUUAUGACCUGUUUGUCAACUCCUUCAGUGAACUCCUGAGGGGAGCGCCUGUCAUCCAGCUUGUGCUUUUCAUCAUCCAGGACAUCGCCAUCUUGUUCAACAUCAUCAUCAUCCUGCUGAUGAUGUUCAACACCUACGUGUUCCAGGUGGGCCUGGUAUCUCUGCUGCUGGAGCGUUUCAGGGUCCUGCUUGUGUUGUCUGCCCUCUACCUAACCCUCAGCAUCUGCUUCCACUGCUGGAUCAUGAACCUAAGAUGGAUGGAGUCUAACCAUUUCAUAUGGACAGAUGGACUUCAAGUCCUCUUUGUUUUCCAGCGAACAGGUAAGUGGUUGAUUAGCUACAUUUACAGACUUAUUUAUCUGGCUAUCAAAUUGGUAAUGUUUUUGUGUUUGUGUGCACAGCUGCAGUGUUAUAUUAUUACUUCUACAAACGGACGGCAGAAUAUCUCGGAGACCCAAGGCUAUAUGAAGACUCUCUGUGGUUACGGGAUGCCUUUGCCCGAGCUCGUCAAUGAAGACAGGUAGAAGAGAAAGCUUUGAGAGGAACCUAACAGUCAUCUUGAUUGAUUGAUCUGCCGAGAAAGAUACUUAAAGGGCAUCAUCACCAGCUAUUCCAUGACUGGGUUCAAAGAAAAAAACUUUGAAUCAGUUUUACUAACCAGCUGGACACUUAAAGGGAAAAAGCAGCACACUGUUAUGCGUGUAAGGAUAUGGG